AUCACGUGAGAGGUUAGGAAGACGACUGGAGACCUCACAGGUUGAGCAACAUUAGCUUGUUUUUAGCUUGUUUAAGUUUCAGUUUUACAAGAAACUUGUAGUUACCGAAGCUGCUCCACGUUUCCUCUUUAAUGUGAGGUUUAGUGAAGUUUAGAGAGGUUUACUGAGGUUUACUGAGUGAGUGUGAAGUUAAAGUGAAGUCAGGUCCGAGUCGCGGACCGGAAGAACUUUCUACUUGGCUGCUGUUCUUCUUCUGUGGUGUCCGACGAUGGAUCGCUGUUCUCAGUUGAACUGCAGGUGUUACCCGCUGGGUUUCUGCUCCGUGAUGACAGGAUCACCGCUGUUUUUCUGUCUGGAUUUCUGCUCCAUGAGGAGGGGAGUGUUCAGGAUGGACUGUGAGUGUUACCUGUUGGAUAUCUACCUGUGAGAAGAGGACUGCUGCGCCAGGACAAGAUUCCCGAGCCUAACGGUCAGCUCAGGAGUGACCAGUCCAAGCAAGAAUCUGAUACUGCCAUGUUUCAAAGUCCUGAGUUUUCAACUUGAUCGCUGCAAGGCUAACCUGAUCCUCAUCAAACCAGGGAAGGCUGAGUCCAAACUGAAAACAAGGAAAAUGGAGUUGACCUGCGUUGUCACCAGCCACACGAGCCGGAGCCUGGACUCAAAUGAGAGAAGAAGAAAGAGGAGAGGAGGAGGAGGAGGAGGAGGAGGAAGAAAGGAAUUCCUACGAGGAAAAUGCCGACAGGAAGAAGAAAGCCACGGAGGAGGAGGCCUGAGGAAUGAGAGCCAAGUUUUUGUCUGUCUUCAUUACGCGGCGGCAGACCGCGGUGUGGACCCCGGUGUGUGUUGAUCUCCGGAGGGGGAAGAAGGAUAAUCCGCUCGGACCUUCGCUGGAGUGGAUCUCUCUUCCACACACUGAGAGCUUAAAACACCUUUGCAUUCCCACUGGGGAUUUUCCUCGACUCACCACAGGUGACCUGUAACUGGUUGGAGGGAGCGAGGAGAAGAGAGCAAAUGGAAAGGGAGCAGAGAGAAAGAGGAUGAGAGCAGGACCCGUGAGAUCUCUCCUGCACGAUGGGACCCCUGUGCUUUCCUGGAUUUUGAUUUGAGAAAGAAUAAAGGACACUUUGGAUAAGAGGGCCAGCAGGAUUCUGACAUCACUUCAGUGUUUUGUCCACUUAUUUGUCUCAGCAGGAGCACUCAUGGCCGUUCACUGAAAUAGAAAUCUCCCUCUACGUGCUUCUGCUGCUUCUUCUCAGUGACAGCUCAUUGACAUGGAGAAGACGUACUCUCUAACUGCGCACUAUGAUGAGUUCCAGGAAGUAAAAUAUGGCGGUCGUUAUAGCAGUGACAUCCUCAGCAACGGCAUGACCCUUCACCUGGGGGGUAGUCUGGACCGUCACGUGGGGCGUGGCCGAGGCGGGACCAUGUCUAAUGGUCGAAACAGAGACCUGAGCAGCACCAGCAGCGGCGGCGGUCUCCCUCGAUGGAGCCGGAGGGAGAUCUGCCUCCUCUCUGCGCUUGUUUUCGCAGCAGGCAUGUGUGUCAUCUUGGGAAGCAUGUUGGCACUCAAGUACAUUUCUCUGGACCAGCAGGACCCGCAGUGCAGACAGGACUGCCAACGCAAACGCUCCCUGCUGCGGGCCGCACGAUUUGUUCAGUCCAAUAUUGACCCGACCAUUCAGCCCUGCCAGGACUUCUACUCUUUUGCGUGUGGCGGCUGGCUGAGGCGUCACGGCAUCCCAGAGGACAAGCUCAGCUAUGGCAUCAUAACCGCCAUCGGAGAACACAAUGAGGAGAAGCUACAGCGCCUCCUGCUGGAGCCCAUACGGAGGAACGGGCCGGAUUCAGCCGAACGCAAAGUCAAGGAGUUCUACCGUUCCUGUGUUAACAUCCAGGAGAUCGACAAGCUGGGCUCUGACCCCAUGACAGAGGCGAUCGACAGCUGUGGGGGGUGGGACCUGGUCGGGGCUCCUCCUGGUGCUGCUGGCUGGGAGGUAGAGGGCGCACCCCAGAGGCCGGAUUUCAAUGAGAUGCUGUACAGGACACAGGGGGUGUACAGCACUGCAGUCUUCUUCUCUCUGACCGUCAAUGUGGAUGACAAAAACUCCUCCAGGAACGCCAUCAGGGUUGAUCAGGAGGGGCUCACGCUGCCAGAGAGAAGUCUUUACCUCGGGCAGGAUGAGGACAGUGUGAAGAUCCUGGCGGCGUACAAGGCGCUGAUGGAGCGACUGCUGAGCAUGCUGGGAGCUCACAACGCCACGCAGAAGUCCAAGGAGAUAAUACAGCUGGAGACACGUCUGGCCAACAUCACUGUGUCAGAGUAUGACGACCAAAGAAAGGACAUCAGCACCAUGUAUAACCGCAUCACCCUCAGGCAACUACAGCGUAUCGCUCCCAGUCUUCACUGGAAACGCCUGCUGGACAGAAUCUUCCACGAUAAUUUCUCAGAAGACGAAGAGAUCGUAGUGCUCGCCACUGACUACAUACAGAAAGUCUCUGACAUCAUCAAGACCACAUCGAAGAGGGUUCUCCAUAACUACAUGCUGUGGCGUAUCGUAGCGGCGCUCAGUGAACACUUGUCGACCGCCUUCAGAAGCACCAUCCACGAGUUUUCCCGGGAGAUCGACGGCACGGAGCAGCAGCUGGAGCUGGGCCGGCUCUGCCUGACUCAGGCCAACAAACACUUCGGCAUGGCCCUGGGAGCUCUGUUCGUCCAGCAGCACUUCUCCUCGCAGAGCAAGGCCAAGGUACAGGAGCUUGUGGAGGACAUAAAGCACUCCCUGGACCUCCGGCUGCAGGAGCUGGACUGGAUGGACGAAUCUACCAAGGAGGCUGCCAGAGCAAAGUUAAAGCAUAUGAUGGUGAUGACAGGAUACCCAGAUUUCCUGCUCAAACCUGAGCUCAUCGAUAAUGAAUACGGGUUUGAUGUGGACGAGAAGACGUACUUCAAGAACAUCCUGAACAGCAUCAAGUUCAACAUCAAGCUGUCGGUCAAGAAGAUCCAUGAAGAAGUGGACAAAACGACGUGGCUGCUCCCCCCUCAGGCUCUUAAUGCCUACUACCUCCCUAACAAGAACCAAAUGGUGUUUCCUGCCGGCAUUCUUCAGCCCACUCUCUACAACCCUGAAUUCCCACAGUCUCUAAACUACGGAGGAAUCGGAGCCAUAAUCGGCCACGAGCUGACCCACGGAUAUGAUGACUGGGUGAUGCAAUGGUUCAUGUCCCUAGGGGGCCAGUAUGACCGCCACGGAAACCUCCGACAGUGGUGGACCGAGGAGUCCUACAGAAAGUUCCAGACCAAGGCCGAAUGUAUCGUCAAGCUCUACGACAACUUCACUGUUUAUAACCAGAGGGUGAACGGCCGUCUGACUUUAGGGGAGAACAUAGCAGACAUGGGUGGGCUGAAGCUGUCCUACUACGCAUAUCAGAAGUGGGUGCGAGAACACGGUCCAGAGAGACCCCUGCCCGGCCUCAGAUACACACACGAGCAGCUGCUCUUCAUCGCCUUUGCACAGAAUUGGUGUAUGAAGAGAAGAUCUCAGUCCAUCUACCUGCAGCUGCUGACUGACAAACAUGCUCCAGAGCACUACAGAGUGAUCGGAAGUGUUUCCCAGUUUGACGAGUUUGCCCGAGUUUUCCACUGUCCGAGGGGAACGCCUAUGAAUCCCGUGGACAAAUGCUCCGUGUGGUGACCGCUCCAACCUGAGGACAAAAAUCCGUCUUUACAGCCCUCCGCCUACACCCGACAUACUGCCCUUUAUAACAUUCAUCAGAGCCAACAGGACGGCACAAUGUGCAUUAAGCCUUUCCUCGGCUAUGAAGGUUGCAGGAUGGAAACUUACCUUUUCAUCUAAAACGACGAGUCACUUAAAAAUGUAUCAUGUACAUAUAAAUCAUCUUGUUAUAUCUAUUUUUCUAUGUUUGAAAUUAUGUUCAGAUCAUCUAUUUUUCUAUUUUAGCAGAUGUAUCACUCAUUAAAGUUCAUAAGCUGUUUGGUUUUCCAUCUUGCAACAUGUUUCCUCAGUUGUUUCUCUUCUUUGUAGCAUCGAGCAGAAAACCUUCAGCAUAUCAGAAGAUUCAAAACUGGCAGCAGCGGUGAUUUCAGUCCCGAAUAUGACAGACGGAUUUAAAUUGAACUCAGAUCAGUAGCAUCCUUGUGCCUGUCAAAAUGUUGUAUUGGGAGUGUGAUUUGUGUCACAAUGCUGCCCUCUGGUGGCUGCAGAGUGCAAUGGUUCACUGUCCGCAGAUCAUGACUGUCGUAUCGUUUGCCUGCAUUUGGUCCUCUUGUUGCUGUGAGUGUUUGUAAAGUUUUUAAAGAUUUGUCAACUUUUUAAAAAAAAAGAAGGAGGAUGUAUUUCUCAGGAUUUGAAGCAAAGUUGAUCGCCAAAUGAAUGAUCUUUGGGUCUCUAUCUACAUUCAACUCUUCAGUCUACAGUACAAUCACGAGCAGCAUUUAUCCAACAUUGGAAGAGAAGAUUUUUCCUCUCUGGAUUUCACGGCAACGACUUCAUCCCGGUGGACAAGCUGAAUCAGAAAAAGGAGAAGCCAUUGAUUGUUUCCUUAUGGACUGGACGUAGCAAUUGUAACAUCACCCAUUGGUUUGCAAUCUGCCGUGUGGAGGCCUCGGGGUCUGCAUUUUAUCUGUCUGUUGGUUUUAAAGCAUGAAGUGGUUAUUUGUGCCUAAGUCAUUCCCGGUUGAUUCUCAAUAUCUACUGGUUUAUCUCAAGAUCUCAUGAGAACAAAGCAGAUUUUCCUUAUUUUAAGAUAAAAAAAACUAGUUUUCUUGAAUAAUGGGAUGAUUUCUGGUGAUUUAGAAAUCAAAGCAACAUACCAUGCUGUAUUGAGAUGGAUCGAGAUCAUAAAAGGAUCAGGAAAAGAUAAGUGAAAAGGAGUUAAUUUCUACUUACACGGUUACUUUCUGAAAUCCUGCUGGAGAUCAGAAACAAUGCAGAUUUGAGGCGCCUCAGCGUCGUCAUCUCUUUCCAAACCACGAGGCUGCGUUCAUCUCGUCUACACAGUCUAUGAACACAACCCAGGAGUGAAGUGAGAGAGUGUGUGAGGUCCCAUCACCAAAUAAAAGAAGCCAACACUCUGUACAUAAGAAGGUGAAACUGGCGGGUGCAGAAUGAUGCAGUGUUGUUAUAAAAAUACUUUUGUAUAAACCAGUCGGUACAAAUCAUAUGAAUCUUUGUACAGUGGAGAAGUCUAUCAGAUGUUAUGGCUGUACAGUUUGUUUUUGAUGAAAGUGAAAGUGCAUGUUUCCACCAUUGAAUUCUGAACCACACAUGUGAUGGACAUCAGACACACACACACAUGAACACACACACAGGCCUAAGUCUACAGCUGCUAAUCCACACGUGGCUGCUAUCUCCUCUCUGUUGGUCACCGUUUAAUGUUUGAAUAAACACAAAGGAUCACUGUGU